ACGAUGUGUCCAUCUCUGGCUUCAAGGACGCCACGAGUGAGCAAAAUGUCCCGGAGAGCGCCGCCGAGGCAGUAAGUGUUCAGGAGAAGGAGGGGGGCGGGUCCCCGGACAGCGUCAGCGCCGCCUCACAGAGCAUCGACGAGACCACGAAAGAUACGGUGUCUGUGCUGGUGCUGAAGGUGCGGUCGGUGUGCGUGGGCAUGGAGGCGGUGGGCGAGAGCUCGGCCGUGGCUCUAGAGGUGGGUCGGAUCAUCCCUAACCAGCUGGGCAACAUCAGCCUCAGAGAGUACCUCAGCAACCGCAGCCUGGGUAUGGUGUGUUCAGUACCAAUACCUGCUCAGAGCAGCCAAGCUGGUGGGGAGACCAACUCAGAAUCCAACCGGACCCUUUACAGCCCGGAGGUCCGAGCUCGCCUGGAGAGCGGGCCCAAUGCCGCCACCCACUCCCCGAUGGCGGAGCACAACGGCUUCCUGCAACUGCAUCUCCACGGAUACCAGGCCAGCUUCAUGAUGGCCUCGCUGCGCAACCUGGCGCUUUUCAUGGAGGGCGACCCGUCCUCCGAGGUGCUGCCCAUGGAGAUCAGAAUCAAGGACACGCACAUCAAUUUAAACGGAGACGAGCCCUGCGACAAUCCCUCCGACGGCGAUCCCUCUGCGAUCACGUUACACGUGGACAGUCUCGUCGUACACAGACAGGACGACGGGUCCUUCUCAAUAGGAGUGGAUGGUGCCACAGACGGCAAAUCCAAAAAAGCGCCGACUGACGGCUCUCUGAGUCCAGUUCCUGAGGCUGUGAGCGCCGUCUGCAGGACAGCGAAGGCAACGCAGACUCAACCGCUGCCCACCAGCCCCGGUCCAGCAACUAGAGAAAAGAUGCUGCUGGAGGAGAACGAAUGCCUGAAGGUGGAGCUGUCCAGAGCCAAGAUGGCGCUGGCUGAAGCUCAGAUGGAGAAGGACUCGCUGCUCCACCGCAUGAAGAACCUGAAGAUUAACACCAGCUAGAACUGCCUUGGUUUUGAGUCGCUGACGUGCGCCGACUCUUACCUCCAAAAAGAGAGAUUUUUGUUUUUUUACUUUAACUGCUUCAUCUGCAUGUUUCGUUGAGGGAGCUACCGCGACUUUGGAGAAGACUGAGAAAAUACAUUUUUACACUAUUUCUGUUUUUAGUUGACCCAGACGGGAUAUUCUGUUUGAACAGGAUAGAAAUCUACGACGUCGUUGGCAUCUUUAGUAAUUAAUUCCUCACUACUUCUGUUAUUAUUAAAACCACCGCAGCUCAUUUAAGAUGAGUUUCAUAGGAACCUGUAGGUCUGAACCAACACUGAAUGUUGCAUCGUUAGAGGAAUGUCCAAAAAAAAAAAAAAAAAAGACAACUUAUUUUGCACUGCACUUAAUUGUAAUUGAGUGCAUUCCUAUUCAGACUGUAUACAGUGUAUAUUGUACAAGAAUGUGAACAUGUAUUUUCUACAGAACCUUGAAUGGUUUUGUUGUGUUUGCAGUUGAAUGUGUGGGAGUUUGUGUGUGUGUGCGUGUGCGUGUGUGUGUGUGUGUGCGCGACUCCAGACAGAACAAUAAUUUUUUUUUCGGGCGUAGAGGACAAACAUCGGUUCAGUUCCUGACUUUUUUUUUUUUCUCCCCCUGCCCAAACGCCUCAGAAUUAGUUGCUGCCUCCACGUUUGUCCUAUUUUUAUAUCUGUAAAUACUCUACGCGUGCAGCACUUUUUAAAGCUGAGGCACUGUAAAUAACGGCAAUCACAACUGUGAGAGAAGGAGCGGAUGAGUGGAGCGCUGUUCUGUUGAGAGAAAAAAAAAGAAAAAAGGGCCACUUUGAAGCUGCCUAACUACAUGUGUGUUUCUGUAUGUAAAAAAAAAAAAAAAAAAAAUCCAUGUAUUGUGAUGACUUUCAUGGAAAAGCAAUGACAAUAUUUCCUGCUGUCAUCCCUGUGUGCUAAAUUACAUUCAUAACAAAUCAACUUAUUUUUCUAACGGCACAUUAGAAACAUUGGGAAAUGAAGGUAGUUUUAGCUCUGAUGCUAUUUAACAGUAAUAGAUUUAGGCUACAUGUGCAAAACAUCUACUAAAAAAAAAACAAAUUAAAGUUGUCUUGUUCCACCAAAUUAAAACCACUUGAAAAC